GAGAUGCGAGUGCACAUGGACUGUGCGGGUUGCGAGAGCAAGGUCAGGAGUAAGCUUGAGAAACUCAAAGGUGUGGACACGGUCGAAAUAGACAUGAACCUGCAAAAGGUGACGGUCACCGGGUGGGCCGAGCAAAAGAAGGUCCUUCGGACCGUGAGGAGGACUGGAAGGAGGGCUGAGCUGUGGGAACUGCCGUACAACCCAGUGUUCGAUACCUCCGGUGCGCUUAUCAGUCAACACCAAAUCAACGGUCCACUCACAUACCGUGCUCCGCAGCCUUCAUCUCAUUACAACUAUUAUAAGCACGGAUACAAUAGCAGUGAGCCGAGGUACUACCAUCAGCAUCAAGGGCAUUCCACGGUUUUCAGUCAGCAGACCGGCGCGACAUUCAGCGAUGAGAAUCCUCAUGCUUGUAAUAUAAUGUGA